AUGGAAAAAUCAACACCGCCGAUGGAGCCUACACCACCAGUUGAACACGGCCCCUCCAAGGCUUUUUCAUUCCUUGAUUCUAAAUUAAAAGCGAAGAUAAAUUCACCGCGAGCCGACGCUGUGAUCCUACUAAGACAACAUCUCGAAACCCAAAACGUGCCGGAAACAUGCGACCCACUAAAAUAUUGGAAGACAAGAGCAGACAUAUACGAAUCGCUGCAACAGGUUGCACUUAAAUACUUCUGUGUACCAGGAACAUCCUGUGUGUCCGAAAGGAGCUUCAGCAAAGCUGGACAGAUAGUGUCGGAUCGGCGCACUAGGCUCAAGCCUGGUGUAGUGGACAAGUUAAUGUUUAUUAAAAAAAAUUAAGAUAUUUUUUCUUAAUUAAUCGUACCAAAAUGUGAAUAUGAUGAUCUCUUAGGAUUCGGAUGAUCUUUUUUUUUUAUUUAAUUGCGAAUAAAGCCUUUGUUUCUUUGUUGUAA